AUGUCGAAAUUGGUUAAGCAGCUCAUCAAGUCGGCCAAUGUGGUUCUGGUCGCCCUGCUGGUCUACAACUUGUGGCGUCACAAAUGGACCAAAGUGAAUUUCAAUCAGUAUCGGUUUUGAUUGAUUCUCGCUGUUCCCCGGGGUCUGCCUGAGUGUGUGUGUGUCUGCUGAUUGAUUGAUUGAUUAAUUAAUUAAUAAAGCGAACGUCAGCUUAAAUGUCAUUAACAGUUGGCCAGGACUAACGACUCCUGAGUGUGGCCGAUGGGAUUUGCAAAUUUAAUUUCCUCUACCAGUGGAUCUGUCAAGUGGAGAGAAAUGUUUGGGGCGGGGGUGAUAGAUGGAUUUUCUUUUAAGACUGGGAAACAAUGGGGAAUUGAUUUCCAGGAGAUUGCAAAUAUUUAUAAAUAAACUGAAAAGGACUCAAUAAAUAUUUAUAUAUUUUUUCCCAAAGUAAACCUUUAGUCACCAAAAAAUAUAGUAAAAGGUUUUCUUAACCAUGUUAUUAUAUGGGAAAAACGAAAAAACACUAAGCUACAUUGUUUAAAGACUACAAGAAAAUGUCGCUCGACUUGCCUUGGUCACAGGAUGCCCCAAAGCCGAGAUUUUACACGUUUCAAUGUCUGCGAAACCACUUAUCUUGCUGCUAAGCGUUCGACACUCUGCGAUGGCAAAAGGUGAAUAAAUGUAAGUGUUAUCCUGAGACUGAAACUGCAUAACUGCAAAAGGAAAUGUUUUUUUUCUUCAGCUGCACUUGAGCGCUGGCAAACUUGAUAAAUUAUCCUCGCCUGGGAAAAUUUCAAAUAGUUCCGCGAUUUGCAAGGACCGCUGCAGUUGGCAGCCGUCUCUGCGAAUUUAACGCAUUGAUGCCUCCGAACAGGAGACAUCCUCCGGAGCAGACUAGUUGGGCCACCGACAGAAGCCUUGGCAACAGAAACACACAGCCCGCAACCGGAUAUGCCAAUGAAAUUACAGCAAAGUGCCUGCGAAUUAACCAGAGCGAAAAGCUGUCAGGGACGACAAGGACCUCCAUGAGUGAACGAUUGACUGGGGAGCUAGAGCUCAGAUUAGCCAGGAAACGCGUUCUGAGAUUCAUGCUGUUUGGAUUAUGCUACGGAAAGGAUGUGUUUGCAGUUACAUUCACGGCUUCCUGAGAGCUCACAUCAGAUGAUCUAAAAAUACUCAAAUAAAUCUAAAAGUUCUUUGUGAGUUCCAGCCCAAACUUCAAUCAAAGGGAGCAAGCUAAA